UAAAAAUGCACCCUGAAUAAGGAAUCAUGUCAUGUCAUGCCAUAAAUGUUGGCACCCCUGACAUUUUUCAAGGAAGUAUUUCUCAUAGAAAAGGAUUGCAGUAACACAUGUUUUGCUAUACACAUGUUUUUUCCCAAAAAAAAGGAGGAAAAAAGCUAAUUGGACGUAAUGUCACACCAAACACCAAAAAUUUACAAAAUUAUUGGUACCCUUUCAAAAUUGUGGAAAAAUAAGAUUGUUUCAUGCAUGUGAUGCACCUUUAAACUCACCUGGGGCAAGUAACAGGUGUAGGCAAUAUAAAAAUCACACCUAAAAGCAGAUAAAAAGGAGAGAAGUUCACUUAGUCUUUGCAUGGUGUGUCUAAGCAAGGACAACAGAAAGAGAGAAGAAAACUGUCUGAGGACUCGAGAACCAAAAUUGUGGAAAAAUAUCGACAAUCUCAAGGUAACAAGUCGAUCUCCAGAUAUCUAGAUUUGCCUUUGUCCACAGUCGCAACAUUAUCAAGAAGUUUGCAACCCAUGGCACUGUAGCUAAUCUCCCUGGGCGUGGAUGGAAGAGAAAAAUUGAUGAAAGGUAUCAAUGCAGGAUAGUCCGGAUGGUGGAUAAGCAGCCCCAAACAAGUUUCAAAGAUAUUCAAGCUGUCCUGCAGGCUCAGAGAGCAUAAGUGUCAGCUCAAACUAUCUGUCUACAUUUAAAUGAAAUGAAACGCUAUGGCAGGAGACCCAGGAGGGCCCCACUGCUGACACAGAGGCAUAAAAAAGCAAGACUAUAUUUUGCCAAAAUGAGCUUGAGUAAGCCAAAAUCCUUCUGGGAAAACGUCUUGUGGACAGAUGAGAACAAGAUAGAGCUUUUUGGUAGCACAUCCUUCUACUGUUUAGCAAAAACGGAAAGAGGCCUACAAAGAAAAGAAUACAGUGCCUACAGGUUCAAAUAUGUUUUGGGGUUGUUUCACUGCCUCUGGCACUGGGUGCCUGGAAUGUGUGCAAGGCAUCAUGAAAUCUGAGGAUUACCAAUGGAUUUUGGGUCGCACUGUACAGCUCAGUGUCAGAAAGCUGGGUUUGCAUCCGAGAUCUUGGGUCUUCCAGCAGGACAAUGACCCCAAACAUACAUCAAAAAGCACCCAGAAAUGGAUGGCAACAAAGUGCUGGAGAGUUCUGAAGUGGCCAGCAAUGAGUCCAGAUCUAAAACCCAUUGAACACCUGUGGAGAGAUGUUACCGAAUAAGGUAUGGCUAAUCUGAGAACCACUAUCAUAUGGUCAGUAUAAACACCAACUCCGAAAAAAGGACCAUACUAAUGAAUUAUUAUACAAAAGGAACAAAGUCUUUAUUGAUAUAUAGCAAAAUCUAAAAAAAAUUAUUAAAAAAUAUGCAAAGAAUAGGUACAAUGGAAAAUCAGGCAGAAGAGAAGGAGAUGAUGGCGAUAAAAAAUAAACUUUCAAUGGAGAAAAAAUCAAUAUAAGGAUAUUACUAGGCUGGGUAUGGAUCAUGAAUACUUGUAAAGUAUGGCAUAUAACAAUAUAUAUCACCAGCAUAGAAGUGCAGGAACAUCACUGCAUAAGAAAAUGUUUAUGACCCAUAACAAUAUGUAUCACCAGCAUAAGAGUGCAGGAACAUCACUAAAUAUGAUAACUGAAUCAAAAGGUAUACAUGACCCAUGCACAUGAAGGGUGCCUCUCACCUCCUCCUGUGGAGAGAUAUCAAAAUUGCCAUCGGGAAAAGAUGCCCCUCCAAUAAGAGAGAUCUGGAGCAGUUUGAAAAGAAGAGUCGUCCAGCAUUCCGGCUGAGAGCUAUAAGAAGCUUAUUGAUGGUUAUAGGAAGCCAAUGAUUUCAGUAAUUUUUUCCAAAGGUUGUGCAACCAAAUAAUAAAUUAAGGAUGCCAAUAAUUUUGUCCAGCCCAUUUUUGGAGUUUGGUGUGACAUUAUGUACAAUUUGCAUUUUUUCCUCCCUUUUUGGUUUAGUUCCAAUACACACUGUUACGGAGCUGGAUGUGGAUCCUCUAACCUGUGUGGCUGAUGACUCAGACCGUAUCGGGGAGCAGAGUCUAAGGUGCUGCUGGUCUUCACCAGAACCCGCCACAAGGCAGUAUGGGCUUGCUGCAGCAGGCGACACCCAGGUCGCUACCCCCGACACGGCUCGACCACACAGGUAGCUGGGCAAGGCGAGGUACCGAAGGAUAAGGCAGUAGCAUAAUCAAACAUAGCAGAAGGUCAAGGCAGGCGGCAAAGUUGCGAAGUCAAAUAAUGUAGCGGGAAGGUCUGGAUACACGGCCCUUUAAAUUUCAGAGCUUCGACGCGUGCGCCUUAGGAGGCGGGGAUGCGCAAGCGGGAGCUGAGACACAGAGGAGGAGGCGGCAGCGGAGCAUGGUGAGUGAACGUCUGGGAUUUGCAUGCUAAGAAGGAAGGUCAGUAAUAAAGUCCAUUGCUAUGUCGGUCCAGGGCAGCUCAGGAACUGGAAAAGGAUGUAGUAGACCAGCAGGCUUAGCACGAGGGGUCUUGUCCUGCAGAUUCCCUUUCUUGGCAAAAUUCCUCAAAUCGCUCAAAGAAACGAAUAUCAAUCCGGGAUGCCAAGUGUAUAAGUUAAUUUAAGUUAGAUGGCAAUUCCCGGGCAGCAAGGACAUCCUUGAUAUGACUAGAUAGUCCUUUCUUGAAGGAAGUGCAAAGAGCUUCAUUCUUCCAUGAUAACUCCCAUGACAGGGUACGAAACUGUAUGGCAUACUCGCCCACAGAGGAGUUGCCCUGCGAAAGACUCAGCAAUGCCGUCUCAGCAUAGGAGGCUCGGGCUGGUUCCUCAAAGACACCCCGAAAUUCCGUCAGCAAAGCCUGGAGAUUGGUUGUGAGAGCAUCACUGCGAUCCCAAAGCGGAGUUGCCCAGGCAAAAGCCCUUCCAGUUAAGAGACUGAUAACGAAGGCCACCUUUGCUCAUUCUGUAGGGAACUGUUCCGCCAUGAGUUCAAUGUGCAUGGAGCACUGCAUCACGAAAUCCCGAUAGGACUUGGGAUCUCCCUCAUAUCUGUCAGGAAGAGACAAGCAGAGUUUUGUUCUGGAGGAGACUGCAGCAGCCGGAGGCAGCACUGGAACAGGAGGAGGCUGUAGUUGUGGCAGUUGCUGCUGAGCAGUUAGCAACUACUGCAUCAUGGUGGAUAACUGGCUCAACUGCUGUGCCUGCUGGCCCAACUGCUGUGACUGGAGCACCACGAUAGAAGCGAGAUCCGGAUUAUGUGGCAGAGGAACCCCAGUGGGAUCCAUGGCCGGAUCUUGCUGUUACGGAGCUGGAUGUGGAUCCUCUAACCUGUGUGGUUGAUGACUCGAACUGUAUCGGGGAGCAGAGUCUAAGGUGUCGCUGGCCUUCGCCAGAGCCCGCCGCAAGGCAGGAUGGGCUUGCGGUGGCAGGCGACACUGAGGUCGCUACCCCCGAAACGGGUCAACCACACAGGUAGCUGGGCAAGGUGAGGUACCGAAGGAUAAGGCAGUAGCGUAGUCAAACGUAGCAGAAGGUCAAGGCUGUCAGCAAAGGUGUGAAGUCAAAUAACGUAGCGGAAAGGUCUGGAUACACGGACGGAGUUCCGGCACGCGCGCGCCCUAGGAGACGGGGAUGCACGCAUCGGAGCUCAGACACAGAGGAGGAGGCAGCAGCGAAGCGUGGACCAACACUAUAGACCUAGCCCCUCCUUCCAGGUGCAGGACCCCCUCAGAAAGGCUUAUCUGGCAGAUUAUCUCCAAUUCAAGUGCAGAUGACUACCUGACAGGGUUCAGUGACUGCAGGGGAAUCCUAUAAAGAGAAGGGUGAGGAGGAGCACUAGGAUCAGUCAGCCCCUUCCCAUAGGAGACAACACUGGAGAAGGUGCCCCAGAGAUACCAAGGAUCACUUAGGGCAAUGAGCCUCUGCCAAGAGACGGUGGGUGCCCAACAGUUCUUCUCCAGCAUGCAGGAAGAGGACGAUGAGAUUGAUAUUUUGGGAGAUGAUGACAGCUGUGACUUUCUCCAUAGUAGAUCUUCAGACUCAGAUGCCGGGGAGCUGUCCCCUACAAAGCCCUGCCACCUGGAGACAGAGAGCGACUCAUCUGGAGAGGGGGAGACCAAGGAGACCACCAUAACUGUCGGGGCCAAAUCCAAAAGGACCUUGGUGAAGCCCCCAUACUCCUACAUAGCCCUGAUCACCAUGGCUAUCCUGCAAAGUCCGCACAAAAAACUGACCCUGAGCGGCAUCUGCGACUUUAUCAGCAGCAAGUUCCCAUAUUACAAGGACAAGUUCCCCGCCUGGCAGAACUCCAUCCGACACAACUUGUCUCUUAACGACUGUUUCAUCAAGAUCCCCCGGGAGCCGGGCAACCCUGGCAAGGGCAACUACUGGACCCUGGACCCGGCCUCAGAAGACAUGUUUGACAAUGGGAGCUUUCUCAGAAGGAGGAAAAGGUUUAAGAGACAUCACAACGAGUUCUUAAAGGACAACUUGAUGGUCUACCCACCUCUACAGUACUACAGGUCCUACAGACCCCUUCAGCCACACAGCUUUGUACAACCAAAUGCCCUGGCACCAGCGCCUAGAAGAGAAAGACUAGUCAUCCCUGGGCAUCAUCAGAUCCACUACCAGGAUGUUAUGUCGGGGAAACUGUCCAGUAAUAUCCAAGGUGUGGGCACAGAGAUAAAGCCCCUGGUCCUGGGCACUCAGCAAGGCAGUCCUCCAAACAAAUGCUCCUUCACUAUAGAAAGCAUCAUGAAAAAAACUCAGCCCGAGGUAUGUGUGCCAAAUUUCCCCCAGCCCUGGAACUACAACCAGUUCAUCCAAGGACCAGCCACUAUGCUCCCAGCAGUCCUAAAUAUGAAUGCAGGGCCAGUGGUGUCCUCCUAUGGGACCAGACAGUACUGUCACAUGCGGUUUCCUGGGGGCUUCUAAAAGUUCCGUGGACUUGAACUAUACCAGAACCUAAGCAAUUAGUUACUGGACUCUGGGAUUGCUGCCCUUCUUCACCCGAGCACCAGUCCGGACUGUAAAAACUGGAAAUGACUUUGCAUAUAUGUAAAUUUACUUCACACAAUCCUAUGAAAGUGAAUGGCUCUGAGUGGACGUAUUUAAUUUUGCAAUGUUUCUUCUCCUAACUGUUUGUAAAACUGAAAUAUUUAAGAUGUUA